AUGGAAACUGAAUUUAGCAAACCUAAAGAUACAAUAAACACCAAAAAUUGUUUGUAUUGCAACAUACCUUUUACUGAAAAAUUAUUUUGUAAAGAAUGUAUUAAUUCUUUAAAAGAAUUAGCAGAAAAUGGUGAUAAAGGAGCAAUGUUUAAUUUAGCCAACUGUUAUAAAAAUGGAGAAGGAACAGAAAAGAAUCUAGAUAAAGCCUUUUAUUGGUACCAAAAAGCAGUAGAAAAUGGUAAUGAAGAUGCAAUAUUUAAUUUAGCUAUAUGUUAUAGAAAUGGAGAAGGGACAGAAAAAAAUUUAGAAAAAGCCUUUUAUUGGUAUCAAAGAGCAGCUGAAAAUGGUAAUAAAAAAGCAAUGAAUAAUUUAGCCAUAUGUUAUGAAAAUGGAGAAGGAACAGAAAAAAAUUUAGAAAAAGCAAGCCUUUCAUUGGGAACAGAAAAGAAUUUAGAAAAAUUUUUUUAUUGGAAUCAAAAAGCAGCAGAAAGUGGUCUUAAAAAAGCAAUGAAUUAUUUAGCCAGUUGUUAUUACAAUGGAGAUGGAAUAGAAAAGGAUUUAGAUAAAGCCUUUCAUUGGUAUCAAAAGGCAUCCGAAAGUGUUUUUACUGCUGCAAUGCAUAAUUUAGCAAUAUGUUAUGAAAAUGGAAAUGAAAUGGAAAAGGAUUUAGAUAAAGCAUUUCAUUGGUAUCAAAAGCGGCAGAAAAUGGUUUUACUUAUGCAAUCAGCAGAAAGCAACAAAGAUGAAUGGUGCCAACAAUGUAAUGUUAAACGAUUCCAAAAAGAUUUUUCAAAGUGGACUAGUAAAAAUGAAUCUAUUGAUAAAUUUAUUCAAGAAGCACAAUUAAAUGCUAAAAAUAGUUAUGAAAUUUUAGAGUGGAUACCUUAUAAUGAAUUGUCAAGUAUUAAUUAUCAUGAUAAAGGAGGAUUCAGUGAAAUUCAUAAAGCUAUCUGGUCAGAUGGACCCAUUUUUAGUUGGAAUUAUGACAAACAACAAUGGAAUAGACAGACGGAUCAUGAAGUCAUUCUUAAAGUACUUAAUGAUUCAUCAAGUUUAAACAAUAAAUUUCUAGAUGAGUGGAAAUAUCAUCAUAAUUGCCAGAAAAAAUCUUUUUCAAAAUUUAUUCAAUUUUUUGGAAUUACCCAAGAUCCAAAUAAUUUAAAUUAUAUGAUAGUAAUGAGUUAUGCAAAAAAAGGAAAUUUGAGAAAAUGUUUAUCUAAGGUAAUUACAUUUAAGUGGCAAGAUAAAUUACAAUUAUUGAAAAAAAUUAUAUUAGGACUUAAAGUGAUUCAUGAAUCAAAUUUAACUCAUGGUGAUUUUCUUGAUGGUAAUAUAUUAAUGUCAGGUGAUUACAAUGAGUUAUUUAUUAUUGAUUUAGGAUUAUGUAAACCAAUAAGUGAUUUACAAGAUUCUGAUAAUAACAAAGUUAAUGAAGUUUAUGGAGUUUUACCUUAUAUGGCGCCUGAAAUAUUAAGAAAUAAACCCUAUACUACAGCAAGUGAUAUUUAUAGUUUUUCAAUGAUAAUGUUAUUUAUUUAUUUAUUUAUUUUAUGUGAAGACGGACAGACUAUUAACAGGACAUAA